AUGUGUGGAAUAGUGGGACAUAAGAUUGGUGAGUGUAAGGCUGAAGGUUUUAAGUGCUACAGGUGUGGAAGGUUUGGACACAAAUCCGAGGAGUGUAAGAAUCUGAUUGUUUGCUUUAAUUGCAGUGAGGAAGGCCACAUUAGCACCGUUUGCAAGAAGCCAAAGAAGGUGAGUGGUAAAGUAUUUGCUUUGAGUGGUGAUGAUGCGGGAGAGAAUGACAACUUGAUCAGAGGUACAUGUUUCAUUCUCAAUACUCCUUUGAAUGCUAUUAUAGAUACUAGAGCUACACAUUCCUUUAUAUCUCUUAAUUGUGUGAAACGUCUUAAUCUUGCUACUACUAUUAUGUCUGGAUGCAUGGCCAUAGAGACACCUGCUAGUGAUUCUGUGAUUACUAAGUUAGUUUGUGUUAAUUGCCCUGUGACUGCUUUUGGUAAAGAUUUUGGAAUGGAUCUUGUUUGUAUUCCCUUAAGUAAUAUAGAUGUUAUUUUUGGUAUGAACUGGUUGAUGCAUAAUCAUGUUCACAUUAAUUGUUGUGCGAAAACGAUAACAUUUCUGAGACUGGAGGAGAAUAUGAGUUCGAAUCUUAUGAAGAGUGAAGAAGUAGUAAGAUUUUUGAAGGAGCAUGCAAAGUUGUUUGUUAUGUUUGCUUCGUUGAAGUUAGAAGGAAAAUAUGAAGUUAACGAAUUGCCUGUUGUCUGUGAGUUUGCGGAUGUAUUUUCUGAUGAUGUUUCAAAUUUACCACCUGAAAGAGAAGUGGAGUUCACUAUCAACUUAGCACUAGGUACUAGUCCAAUAUCUAUGGCACCUUAUCGGAUGUCAGCUUAA